AUGUUAUCGGUGGUCAGAAACAUUAGAUUAUGCAACAAUUCACAUGCAUUGAACAACAAAGCAUACCGCAGUACUGCUGCAAUCAAAUCUUAUUGUAAUUGGGGUAUACUGCAAUUGCAUUUACAACAAAAUCAUUCCCUCAGUCAACUUGAAUCAUAUCAGCUUUCAAAUAAAAGAUACUUUAGCUCGAAAAUAAAUGAUAAGCAAAUAGAUUCAACUUUACAACAAUCAUCAACCUCGACAACAUCAUUAACAAACAACAGAGAUAGUAGCAAUAAUAUUAAUAAUAAUAAUAAUUUACUCUAUUCUUUAAAUUCUAUCAUUCAAAAGUAUGAAUUUGAUAUCAACAAAUUAAAGAAUAACAAUGAUAUCUUGAUUAGCUUUCCUGAUCAACAUAGACAUUUGUUGAAUCAAUUAAAAUCAAAUAGAAAUACAAUUGUAAAUAACAAUAAAUUAAGUAUAUUCUCAAGAUCGAGUAGUGAGAAUGUUGAUGCUUUUCAAAAUGUAAAUAUAGACAAUGAGUUACUCGGUAGGAUAGUAGAAACCUUCUUUGAGAACAAGCAAUACAAGUCGAUGUUCUGGGCACAGCAAGUAUUACCACGAGCAUUUCAGUGCAAUGGUGAGUCCAUCAAAGAUAUAGUACAAGAUUGCUUUCGUUAUGUAUAUCCAAUGCUUUUCAUGGCUUAUACUCAUAGUUUAGCAAUGAAUAGACCAUUCAAAUUCAUUAUAAAUAGUUUUAUUAAUGAAGACUAUAUUGCUGAUAAGCAAAAUCAAUCUUCCUCUUCCUCUUCUUCUUCUUCUCAUUCUCUUGGAGGUAGAUCUAACCUCAUUGAAAGUUUGCUGCUAAAAGAGUUGAAACAAACUCGAAAGUCAAUAUACAACUCAUUGUUAAAAAAACAAGAUCAACUUGAUCUACCAGACAAUCAGAUAGAAACACCCUAUAUAGUUCAACUGUAUCUAGAGAGAAGCAACCGUUUGUUUGUAUCGAUAUCGAAAGCCAACUUUUCAAAGUCGUUCGGAUGGAGUCUACCUCUGCCAUUCCCAGCCGGAGCCUACCAGUUUCCUCUCGAUAAAAAACCGCCUUCUCGUGCCUACAUGAAGAUGCUUGAGAUCUUUGGACACAUGGGAAGAAGACCGACAAAGCAAGUCGUUGAACUUGGAAGUGCUCCCGGUGGAUGGACAUCGCGACUGCUCGACAUGAACGAAUCACUCGAGAUCCAGAGUGUAGACCGAUCGCCACUCGAGUCCUGGAUCACCAAAGCAUACAAACCACCAAGACUCGCGCAUCACAUCGCCAACGGAAUGACAUGGCGACCGGCCAAACCAACCGAUUGGCUUAUGAACGACAUGGCACUGCCACCACUGAAAAGUCUCGAAGUCCUGGAGGAAUGGCUCUCGAAAAGACUUUGUCAAACGUUUGUGUGGACUUUGAAAUUCGUUGGUGAAACCGAUUAUGAAAACACUAUCAUUCAAAUCAAAAACAUCAUGUCGAAAUACAAAGUAGAAUAUACUAUAAGACAUCUUGUUCAUCAUGGAAAUGAAUUGGUAAUAAUUGGAUCAUUCAUUGAAUAA